ACCGUUAGGCACGCUGGCGUCUUCCUCCUUUGCUGAGCUUCGUCGUGCCGCUGCCGCAACCCCACCUCGCGUCUUCCUGCUUCGCUGCUUUCCCUACCUCUCCCUUAUCAGGUGGUGCGGUUCUUCUUCUGGGUGGCUCCUCAGGCGGUUUCCGUUGGUCCUGGAAUUUCUCCCGUGUGUUUCCUCCCUACGGCGGUUCUUCUUACUCUCGUCCCCAGAUUCGACCCAAAGAAGGUACAAUCAUAGGUUUCUCAGUCCAGAAUCUUAUUGUCUCCGGCUUCUCUGUCCAGAAGGUGCCCAAGUCCACCAUCGUAGCCUUCAACACAGAUUCGCAUGCCACAGCCAACCAGCCAACUCAGCCGGUUUCUCGUGCUAUAUUUUGGAUUUAAAAGGAAAUAAAUUUCCGGAGACGAUUUUCUGCCCGUUGGGCUUCUCGCGUCUGCCUCCUCUUCACAGCAGCCGCUGCGUGCCGCGUUUGCCUCCCCUGAAACGGCCGCUUCUUCGCGCCGCGCAACCGCAUUGGGAGCAGCAACCUGCAACACCCGUCAGACAUUUUUUUUGUUCUGUGGCUUUGUUCUCAUGCCCUCGCUUGUGUUGCUUAUAUCGCCAUAUGCUUGUGUUCCUAUACUGCUCCGGCAACUCAUCCGACCUGCUUCUCAAACCCUCUAGCAUACCAGCGGCUACGUUGUUUGUGUUUUUCAGGGAAGAAAUCGCUCGGCCGUCUUCCUCUUUGUUUCCAAUCCAUCAAAUGGGCCCUAAGAGAUGAGGGAUUAGGAAAAUAAAAAUGCACGCCCAUAGUUCCAGUCCAUAUGGACCUAGUUGGAUAUGUGAGUUUCAUGGGGGGGAGAGAGAAAGAAGAGAUGCUAGAGCACCCAGGGAAGCUUGAGCUGAUUUCUUCUUCGACGUGGUCGCGGUACAUAGCCCACAAGCUCGAACACUCCAGCUCCUUCCAGUUGGCAGGUUCUCUCUCCCUCUCACGUUGCUUUCUUUCGUUUCAUCAUGUUAUUCAUCACAGAUGGUCUUGGAUUUUCCUUCAGCACUAUUUGGGUCAUCAUUUUCCUUCGAGUAUCGAUCUUUCGUGUUGUUAUUUUUUGGCACAUUCUUGGUGUUAAGAGUCCCAUUUCAUUGAUGCUUGUGUCUGAGAAGUGUUCUUCUCUUCACUUUCCGAUGAUCCAUCUGUUGCUUAAGUCUGCGGGACUUUUAGCAUUUCUUCAUUUAGUGUAGAUAUUAGGCAGAGGUUUGGAACUUCUUAUUGCCUUGAGGCAGCAAUUUGAUACGAAAAUGGACCCGGCGCCCCUAUGACGCCCAACGAAACCGGCACUUCGCAGUUCCCUGGUUCGUGGUUGCUGCAAAAACUGUGGCCUUUGUAGCUGUUUUGCUGUUGCUUCCUCUGUUUGUGAAACUCAUUGUCUGCAUUUUGCAGGCUUUAACUCUGCUCGUCAUCGUUGCCCGAUCUUCAUCUUUGCAAGAUGAUCCACAUAGAGGCACCAUUUCCAGCAAGGGAAUAACUUCGGGCAAAUCUGGACCAUGAAGUCAUUGAAAUUUUAAGCUUUGCAGUCAUUUCUCCUGAUCCAUGCAAUCUAGGGCAAAUCCCGUCAAUCUGAGGGCGUUGGAUGUCUGUCUCCAGCUUGGCCAUCAUCUUAGUGGCAUUCGUUGCUUGGAAUAUUUAUGAAGUAUUGGGCAAAAGUUAUAUUACUUGAAGUCGUGCAAUAUGCUGUGCAUAAUCUCUUAUCUUUUGUGCAGUAGUUUGAACUUGACUAGUGGUAAUUGGAAAAUUUGCUUAGUCAUACCAUUAAAUAUUGUCAUAUUACAAUCUCAUGUUUUACUUGCGCCCUCGUUUAUACAUUUUUUAUAUUUAAUUUAGGAAACAGGUAAGUGCAUUUCUUUCUUUCCUUCGCCUUUUGCUCCCUUUUAUGAGUUUAAUUAUGUUGAUUGCAUGAGAUAGAGUUUAAGACUACGGUGCUUGAUUUAGUUUUUCAUACAGGCCUCUGUGAAUGUGGCUUCCACUUUUGAUUGGCUAGUCUUUCAAGAUUUAUAGCAUGUGCAACACGUCGGUUUCUUCAAGAAAGUAUGUUUACAUUAAUAAUGGAACCAUAUCACAAUCGCCAGUUGUGGAUGCUCACCAUAUUAUAGUUCAGAAGACUUCUAUGAGCUAUUUCAUGCUGUGGCUCGUGGCUAUUGCCUUUAUAGUGACCUUCUAUUGUAUGCCAUUUUACAAGGAGCAUUUGGGACUGUCUUGCCUUUGGAGCAUUCUUCUUUAUUUAAUCCUUAUCGCAGUCUUCCAUGGGAAGGUCGUCAAGAAAGAGUCUGUUUUGAUCAUGCCAAUGCUCGGAGUGCAGCUUGAAACACAUUAUAGAAGCGGCAGGAUUCACCGCAGAUUUGUUCCUAUUGACAAAAUUCUAAAACCUGUACUUAGUGAAUGUGUUACGCCAGUCACUUGUUAUUGGAGCUUGGCAUUAAUUUUGCAAGAAGAUGCAGAGCUAACACUAGUUUUCCAAGAAGUGCACCCACCGUUGGAAAUGUUAGUCUCAGUGUGGAAAGCUUUAUGUGCCGUUGUUGAUGGUAGACUGGCACAAAUGAAAUGACAAAUGAAAGCAACGGUUCUGUUGGUGUGUAGUUUUAGUGGAAUUUUAAUCUUCAAUUAUAUGUUUUGGUUACAUGGUGGAUUUCUCCAAAAGCUUCACUAUUGAUAAAAAAGUAUUGAGAAGUUAAACAAGGGAUGCCACCAAAUGAUAAAAAAGUAUUGAGAGCAGUCACCAUUUUCAAUGUGAGCUAAUUUGUACAGACCGGCCUUCGCAUGGUAUACAAUUGAAGUUUAUCUACGUACAAUUUCAACUUCA